AUGACGCUUGGCAAAGUUAUCUCCCUUCUGUCUGAGGUCUCUGCCAAUAACAGCAAGAAGAAAGUGUUUGUUCCUUAUCGAGAUUCAGUUCUAACUUGGUUAUUAAAAGAAAGUCUUGGUGGCAAUUCACGAACAGCAAUGAUUGCUACAAUCAGCCCAGCAAAUUGCCAUCAAGCAAGGUUUAUUGUCAACAGAGUACGAAUUAAUGCAGAUACCAAAACAAAAAAAAUCCAAGAACUUAUGGCUGAGAUCAAAAGGCUGAAAAGUAUUGCAUCUGCAAAGAAUGAAGGAAAUCUUCAUGCUGCCAAUUUGGAAGAAAUUUCUGCCCUACGUACAGAAUUAGAGAAAAAAGAGAAAGAAUUGAGUGAAAUAAGAAGGACUUUGGAAGAAAAAUUAUCUGAGUCAGAAAAAAAGAAGAAAGAACAAUUUCAAAUUCUACAGCAUUCUGGGAUUGCAUUUAAAGUGGAUAACAGUUUACCACAUUUAGUAAAUCUUAGCAAAGAUCCACAAUUAUCUGAAGUAUUGUUAUAUUUGAUCAAAGAAGGACAGACAAAAAUUGGGCAGAGGAAACCUCAUUCAACUCGUGAUAUUCAGCUGUUAGGAGCCCUUAUUGCUGACAAUCACUGUAUUAUCAACAACUGUGAAAAUGUUGUCACAAUUAAACCAAUUGAAUCUGCACCAACCUAUGUUAACGGUAAUUUGAUAACUGAAGUAACCAAUCUUUAUCAUGGAGAUACAGUUAUUUUGGGAGGCAAUCAUUUUUUCAGGUUUGUUAAUUCAUCAGAAAGUGAGAAAAAAAGAUCGAAAGGCUCAGUUGAAGGAGAAUUAAAAGACUUUGAUUUUGCUUAUAGAGAACUGAUAAAAAACCAAGAAAAAAGAUUGGCUCAAGAGUUGGAUGAAGUCAAGAAGCAAGUGCACAUUGACAUGAUCCAACAAAUUGAUGAAGAAAAACAUAAAACUGAGGAACUACUUCAAAAACAGAAAACUGGUUAUGAAAUUCAACUUGCUAACUUAGAAGAGAUACUUAAAGAAAAAAACUGUCAGAUGAAAAUAUCUGAAACUGAAAACAAAGAAUUAGCCGAGCAAAUAAAAAAACAAAAACAGGAACUGGAUGUAAAAUUGAUGGAAGAAAAGAAACGUCAAAAAGAGAUUCUUCAAAUAACAGACACUCUUUCUAGUAAACCUCAGUCUGAUGAUUUGCUAUUAAAGGCUCUCCAAAAAGCAAGAGAUGAUGCUGAGAACAAUUUGAAAAGGCUUAAUGUACAUUUGCAAGAGUCUUUAAACAGUUCUUUCACUUCAGUAUCAAACCAGUUAGAAGACUCAAAUAUUUUGCACUCUCCAUCUUUGGUUUAUCACCAAACCAUGUUGACAAUCAAUUCAUUGAUGAAUCUUGUUGAAGAUGUACACUCUCAGGGCAGGCAAAGCAUUGAAGAUAUUAAGAGCAAACAACAGUCUCUCAAUAAAGAAAUGUUUGACACACUACAGUCAAAGCAAAAAAAUCAUUAUACACCAGAUUUUACAGCUGGCUUAUAUCAAACAUAUCUCGCUGUCCUAGAGGCAAAUGCUAUUUGUCGCCAUCUAAAGAAAAAUAUUGUUUUUUCCCGAGAUGAUUCCCUUAUUGAUGGCAAUAAACUGUGUACAACGGUUAAAUGUAGCCAUCUGGACAAUAAACUCUGCACCUACUGGUCAAUGGAUGUCUUUCAAAAUAAAUUACAUCUCCUUAGAGAUAUAUAUGAGAAUGGAGAUGAUAGUGUAGAAGUUGUUUUUGCUGACGAACAAUUCUGGGAGAAUGAUGAUGAUUGGUUGAACUUUACAGUAUCUCCUGAGAUUCAAGGACUUCCAGUUAUAUUGGCAUCCCCAAAACAUGUUAGAUCCAAUUUUCGUCGUUUUAGCUCUCCUGGUUUCUCUAGAAAUAAAUCUUCUGCAGUUAAAGAGUCAUUUGGAAAUAUUCAAUUUUCUUCUUGUAUCUCAAUUUUGGCCUCAAUUUUCCAACAUACAUCAAAAUUGGUGAAGAAAGAAGAGCAAUUUGAAUGGACUCUUGCUGACCAUGUUUUGGCAUGUUUUUGUGAAAUAAUAUGCAGUGUUAAAACUGUGAUUAGAAUUUGGCCUGAUCAUCAACAGACACUCUCGUCUAAUAUAUUUGAAGACAGAUUAUGUAAAGAAUUGAUAUUUCUACUUCAUAAGUCUUACAGUCUAUCAUCAAAUAAUAAAUUUUGGAUGAAGACACUUAAACAAGAAAAUUUGUAUAUUCAAAGUACCUGUGGAGAUAUGGCAUCAUCUAUUGAACAAAUUAUUGAUGAAAUUAAUGGUUUUCUUUUGGCCUGCAGUUCACAGUUGAGUCAUAACAUUCAAGAUUUUGGUAGAAGAAUUGUGAUUACAAUUCACAAAUCAUUGGAAAUAUUUGCUAAACUCACUUUGAUUACUAACCAAACUCUUGUCUUGUUUCAGGAAGGAAAUUCAGGAAUAAUGGACCUCAAUAUUUGCCAGAAAUUCAAGGACUGUUGUGAUGUAGUUGUUGAAAGAACCUUGAAAGGAGCUCUUCACAGCUUAAAUGAAUGGGAAAUACUUUCUCAUUCCUAUACAAAGGCAAAUAGUCUUCUGCAUGCUGAAAUCUGGAACGAUACUGAGAGUGUGGUAUCAAUGAUAAAGAUGCUACUGGAAAAAAAUAAAGAUUCAUUUUUUCAUCAAAAUGACGAAGCUGGUAUAUUGACUCUCCAAUUUUACAAAUUGUCUUUCAAUGACUCUAAAGACAUAUGCUGUCUUAUGAAAAAUCUGGUUGAGAGUGUAGCAUCAAUUAUGCUGGAUUUGAAAUCUUUAUUUAAUAAAAGUAAGUAUCUCUUUAUUCAUGUUAGUUAUAGAUGUAUACUUUUGGAAUACUAA